UUGCUCAAAGAGUAGAUUAGUAUGUUGUUUUAUCAUGUGAAAGAGGUGCUUUCCAAAUUCUACCAAGAUGACAUCGCUCGUGUAGUGGCAGCAUUCGUGGUGGUGCUUUCGCUUAUCUGCACGCUUUAUUUGAGCUCCAUUAUUGGCCUGACGAUUCUGUUAUUUUUUGUCAAUGGUUGUGUGGCGGCAGUGUUUGUUCUCAAUCACAAGGAAACCUGUGGAAGGUAUAUACAAAAAAUAAAGGAUUUCUUUGGAUUCAAAGAUUACAAUGGCCCACACCGUUUCGAAUGUGAUGUAUGUGGCAAUGAGCGAUGCCCAAGGCACAACCGCAAAGUACUCGUGCCUGAGCCGUGGAAAGGGUUUCUCAUCGAACGCUCGCUGGACGAUGCGGUGGACAAAUUCUUUACCCACAUAUUGGACAACUUCAUUCGAAGCUGGUACAAUCAGGUAACACCGGAUGAGGAGUUUUUGUAUCACCUGAAGUCGAACCUUCGGGACGCACUGUGCCGGCUGCUGCUGCGAGCGAAGGAAAUCGAUGCUCCCGGAGUGAUCAUGAACCGAAUGCUUCCGACCGUGUUCAUACACUACGAAAUCAUUGCCAAGAUGCUGCUCGUCGAUCGUGUUCCGAUGGACAAGCUGGCAAAAACGUUCGUUAUCGACGAGUACCCCAUCCAUCCGGCGGUGCUUAACCGUGCGUCAGAAUUAAACUAUCUGCGGGGUGUGGCCAAAGUUUUGAUUCCGCGACUUUGCACACCGGAUAAUACGGGUUGUAAGAUUUUUUUCAACUUGAUCAAAGAGCUUCUAACGUUUUGGGUGCUGCUUCCAAUAAUGGACGUCAUUGCGGAUCCUAACCUCAUCAAUCUUCUAAUCAUAAUUGCUACGGACAAACGGUCGAAGGAUGUUUCUCGACCCACUGAGCCAUCGUCCACCCAGAAGGGUCAGGAUGGUCCGGUUUAUAUACUCCAUGAUUUUGUGGGUCGCAGUUUGCGCAAGGUGGAGUGUGGCGUGGAAGUAACCAUUCCCCAAGAAAGCUUGUGGCAGGACCAGGACAAGCUGUACUAUUUUAUGCAGUUUCUCAUCAAAGAAGGAUCGGUGGAGUUACUGCGUUUCUAUUUAGAUGUUGAUACUCUCAACAAAGAGUUGGAAGAUCCUCACAUUACAACGGAUCCGACAAAACUUUCGUCACUGCACCAGCAGUCAGAAAAGUUGUUCAACAUGUACCAGGUUAUGGUACAGGCGACCGAUAACUCGAACACGCCCGUGACCACGUUAACGGAAGCGCACGAACGGGUCCGAUUAAAACUGGAAGAAAAAUGGGUUAAACAGUUCAGCAAGACAUCUGAAUACUUUGAACUGGUCUACGGUGGACGGGAGAUCAGAGACAACUCCGAAAAGAAAGGAAACGAUGGGUCAAGCGGAUCAGGUACAAAACUCAGCACCAAAUUUAAGGAAGUGAUUAGGGGUGCCGUUGAUGGUGCACCUAUCGAAGCGACAGAGGCCCCGACCGUUUGGGAUGCGUUGAACGAUGCUCACUCGUUGCCGAGCAACAAUAUUUACAGCUCGGUAACGCAGAAGCUACGCAAAGAGAAAGGCCAAAGUUUGGACGCGUUCAUGGCCACGUUUAUGCAUUCCAUUGAGCAAAGCCCGGAUAUCGGUGAAGAUGUUGUACUCGAAAAGGAACCGGUUAAGAAGAAGCUCCGAGUACCCGGACACAGUGUGGUUUUUGGCGAUCUUUUUGAGCUGAAGAAAGCUUCCAAAAAUACUCACACCACAUCGCUGCUCUCACAUAGCGUCCGAGGUCCUUCGCAAUGUUUCGUGUACAUCUUGGUAAAAGUUCUUAACGCUCCCUUCAUCAUCGUCCGCUUAGCUUUGGCAUUUUGUUGCGUGUCACGCAAAUCGGUCGAUACGUUGAUAAAUUCGCUUACGGUGAAACUCAUCCGAGCAGGCCUUAAGGAAAGUCGCCUAGCGUUUCUCAUUAAUCUCCUCCGGGAGCAUGUCUUCUUGCGUAAGCAGCCGGAACCGACUCCGGCAACGCUGUUGAAACGGCAGCAGGAGGCUCGCAAGCGGCUGGAAGAUUUGCGCGGAGGAUUGGGAAACUUGGCCGAUGUACUGCAGUCACCGGUACUGAACAAACAUCUGAUGUACUGUUUGUUCGACAUUUUGCUGGCAGAAAUGUAUCCGGAGUUCGAUGAACCUCCGAGCGUCACAGCUUGAGUGAUGUGAUAUAUUUUGAGGCUCUCUAACGCAACCGGCUGGGUAAACUAAACAUUACACAUGUGAGUAAAAUAAACCAAUCUUUAUCUCUAUUACGGGAAUUUCGA